UGUCCUUCUUUCAUUCUUCUCUGCAAGCCUCUUCUUUUAGGCAGUACCUGACAUCAUAUCCUUCCCACCAAGAGGGUCCUAUCUCAUUAACCAUCAGACUAACCUUCUUUCACCUGUGCCUUGUCAGAAGAAGACCGAUAGCCAAAAAAGAAAAAAGAAGAAGAAAUGGCCACAAAUUCUUCAGUUCUAUGGCUUGUGGGAUUGAUUUUAUGCUGCUGCUGGUCCCAAAUUAACAGUAUGGCAGUCAAGAUGAUCAAAUCUCCUGAAGCCUUUAAUACCAGAGUAGAACUGAAGUGUGAAACCAGUGAUGCAGAUACUGGGGUAUACUGGAUUUUUCAGCAAAAUGGGCACACCAUGCGGUUCAUCGUAUAUGUCUCUGUAAGGGGCAAGGUAUCACCAGAAUCAAUCAACGGCUAUGCGGCAAAUAAAAAUGGCAACUAUUACCACUUAAUAAUUACCAGCUUCCAAGAGGAAGACCAGGGCAUCUAUUACUGUCUUGUCCACCGCAACCAGAAACUGAUCUUCAGUUCAGGCCUCUCAGUCUACCUGCCAAAGACAACCACCCAGCCGCCCACUGUUCCACAUCAGAUUACAACGAGAAGUAUAGGACAAGCAGAGAAAGAACCCAUGGAGUGUCCAAAUCCCACAGCCUCGGAUGAGGAUCUAAGGACAAUGUUCUCCUGUGAACUAUACAUCUGGGCUCCUUUAGUUGGUGGUUGUUUCAUUCUGUUGAUAAGUUUGGUGAUCACCAUAUCUGUGUGCUGUGAUCCCAGAAGGCGGCGGCGAUGCAAGUGUAAAAGACCUAUGAAUGGAGCCAAUGGAUCCCUCCCUUUGCCACGCAAGAAUCCAUAACUGGACUGGAGCAUUCUGACUCAUUUGCCUGUCAUUGUAUCUUAUGCUUCCAUAUUAAAACAGAGACUCUUAAGGGGCUGUAAUUAUUCCAUACAGUCGCCCCUCCACGACCUCAAAUACUUAUGGAUGGGUGACCUCCCUUGUUUCUAAUUGGGUGUGUGUCCUGCGCAUGCUUGCAGACAUGUGCCCCAUUCAAGCCUAUGGAGCUUGGAUAUGCGCAAGCCUCUAUUAUCGCAGGGGGCUCCAGAAUGGAUCCCCCACGAAAACGAAGGCCCAAUUGUACUUACAUAUAAAAUAUGAAUUCCUUAGCCCCCCCUCCUCUGUUUCUCUCAACAUUACAUUGUGGGAAAUCCAUUUCUACCUGCUAUGUGCCUGCACCCCUAAACUACCUAUAACAGCUUUCUCUGUUUUUUAAAUUUAAGACUGAUCAAUAGGAAAAGCUUCAGCUCAAACACAUUAGCUAAUGUAUUAUUUGGAUAGGUAGAUAUAUGGGCACAGAGGGAGUCCACAGCCAUUUUCUGUCUUCGUAUUUACAUUUAUUAGCAUUUUAGAGUAAUUGCAAUCGAGUUCCCCUCCAUUUACCUUCUAGAAACCUAUGGUUCCUUGCGUGGGAGAGAGUAUUUGUGUUCAUACACUAACAAGAUGUUGAAACUGUAUCCCCAAAUUUUUUACUAAAGGAUAGAUAGGCACCAAAUAUGGAGAGCGAUAAACUAUCAAAAGAUAGCAGAAAACAGGAACUGUUCAGAUCAACACGUUAAACCAUGUGUUAUUUCCUUCCCUUAUUUUAGCCUUGAAGGGUUAUUGUAUGUAUCAUCCAAAUUUUAAAUCCACAACAGUGUAUAGCUCAGAUAUAGAGAUAUAUUCACAUAAGUUCUAUAGUCCAUAUGUAUACAACUGUCGCUCCAUUGUUCAAGCAAGUUUCAGCAUCCAAGUACUAUAAUAAGCCUGAGAAUUCUCUUUUUAAAUAUUUUUAUUAUUGCAUGCA